CAGGAAAAGAACUUAAAUGCACCAUAACUAUGCAUAAAUUCCUGCUUACAGGCUGAAAAGGUGGAUGCGGCGCUCCAUAGCAUGUUAGUGAAACAGGAACCACAGAGGCAGCAUCUGGCAUGCUUAGGCACAUGGAUCCUCUACCAUAACCUUCGAAUCAUGAUCCAGUACCUGUUGAGUGGCUUCGAAUUGGAACUCUAUAGCAUGCAUGAAUACUACUAUGUCUACUGGUAUCUUUCAGAAUUCCUGUAUGCUUGGCUGAUAUCAACUCUGAGCCGUGCUGACUCCUCUCAAAUGGCAGAAGAGCGGAUUGUAGAGGAACAACAGAAAGGACGCAGCAGCAAAAAGACAAAAAAGAAAAAGAAAGUUCGACCUCUGAGCAAAGAGAUCACCUUGAGCCAGGCUUAUCAUAAUAUGUGUGCUGGAAUGUAUAAGACUAUGAUAGCUUUUGAUAUGGAUGGAAAAGUGAGAAAGCCAAAAUUUGAACUGGAUAGUGAACAGGUUCGAUAUGAGCAUAGAUUUGCCCCAUUCAACAGCGUUCUCACUCCUCCACCAGUGCAUUACCUACAGUUUAAGGAAAUGUCUGACCUCAACAAGUACACUCCUCCUCCUCAAUCUUCCGACCUUUACAUAGCUGCUAGUAAGCACUUCCAGCAGGCUAAGAUGAUACUGGAAAACAUCCCAAACCCAGACAAUGAGGUAAAUAGAAUUUUGAAAGUUGCAAAACCUAAUAUUGUGGUGAUGAAGCUGCUUGCAGGAGGCCACAAGAAAGACUCUAAGGUUCCUCCAGAAUUCGAUUUUUCUCUUCACAAAUACUUUCCAGUCGUCAAGUUAAUUUAACUCCAGCAGAAAUAAUGGCCGUGGAUGCAGUUUGUAUAUUGAGCUGCAGUUCAAGACUUGAAACAUUUUGCUCCAGGUGUGACAAUAUUCCAGAAUGCUAGAAAGGGUCUAUGUAAAAUUCAGAGCCUUUGCACAUCAACAGCAUAUGCUGCUGUACUGUUAAUUUUUUAAAAAAAUUAAAUUUGUUUUGUUGAUAA